UUCAUCCUCUUGUUGCGCAACUGCACAGCAUCCUGAAUGGACCUGAUCUCGUGAGAAAAAAACAUCCCCCAAUCCGCACCACAUCAUAAUAGCUCCCAGAAGCAAACCAUGAAGAUUUUCUUCGAAUUGACCACCUUGCUGAUAAUCAUCACUCUGAUCAAAUGUAGCAGGAAUUCGACGAGGAAACAGAUCGAUGAAGAUUAUUAUUCGAAUUACGAUUACGAGCUGCCUCUCACCAACCUCAACAACGGUAGUGGUAGCGAAAGCGGGAUCAGCAGCAGCAAUGACAACGGCAAUUCUCGUAUCUCGUUGAGACCGGAGUCGCUGAUUCUUCCUGUACCGGAGAAUCCUGAUUCCAGGUACACCAUAGACAUCCUUCCGGAGAUCGAUUUACCGGACGACUCUCUGGCCGACUCCGAUUUAAGGGAUCAUGAUUUUAUGGACAACCUCAUGUACAUUUACUACGGAUCACACAACAAAGCAGGGACGAACUAUGGCUCGGAAAUCAUCAUCAUCGGUUCCGUCCUGAGUUGCGCCGCUCAACUGCUCACCAUCUUCAUUGUCCUUCUGCGGAAGAACCUACACGGAAACAAGAAGGACAUCAACUGUACGUUCCUUCAAUUCAUGAUCUCGCUAUGUUUCUCAAACCUACUCUUCAUGCUCGGAAUCUACUCCACCAAGAACGAGUUAAAAUGCCAAAUCAUCGGUUUGACUCUGCACUACAUGCAUCUACUGACUGCCUUUUGGAUCUUCACAUUCUCCUACUACAUCUACAAGAGAAACUGCCACAAUACACCAGUACCUAGGACCAAAAUAUUGUACAGCUUAACCUACUGCAUUCCUUUGGUUGUAACUGUGGUUUCGUUCGCGCUUUUACCAAAGAGUUUUGAGACUAAGAAGUUUUGCUUCAUUUCGGUGGAAAGAGGGAUGAUCGUCAACUACAUGCUACCAGUCUUCCUGCUUAUCAUGCUUACCACUGCGUACUCUCUAACCGGCGUCGGGAACAUCAAUAUAGAACUCUCCAAACUAGAAUUCACCAGUUCUGCAGAAUCGCUGAACGUUAUUAAAGCUGAAUUGGAUCUUGAAAGAAGGAUGCCUGAUUGCAUGGAUGGAGAGAUCAUCAUUCUAAAAGAAUCCAAAACAUGCCUAAUAAGUCUUUGCUUACUACAGUCCAUUUACAACAUCGUCUGGUUCAUUGCAGUUGUAGCUUUGGAGAAUGAUGACAAGAGCAACAACAUGGCCAUCGCAUACUCCAUAACAUCUUGCCUGAUGAAUUGGUACAUCUUUGCCAGAUCAAAGAGUUUUCUACCCAACAUCCCCAAUAAUCAUAUGCAACUCGAGGAGAACAUAAUGAAUCCGGAAAAGCUGAUGGCAACGAAUACGGUGAUGGUUUCGAGGCGCGGUUCAAGCGAUGACAUUCCACUUCUGAUCACAUCCGAAACGGAAAUGCGUGAGAUCUCCCGAAGCGACCACAUCAGUACCAUAACUAUUUAAAUUAUUAUUUCUUGAAAAUCUAAGAUAUACAAAAAAGAAAUAUAUAUAUGUAUCAUCGUGAGUUUUAGUGACGACGAAGACAAGUCGGACAUCGGCCUAUAACAGUAUUAUAUAGUUUGUAAGUGAACCCCAAUGAUUUUGGCUUGCUAGCAACUACGGAGAUAGAAAUCAAACAUCUAUUGGAUUCAUAUGAAAAUAAGACAUAAUAAGUAAGAUGAUUUUAGAUUUAAACAUAGAGUAACCCUUUAAUGGCAUAAGUAAGUUAAUAUAUUUAUGAAAAAAUAAGAAAAUUAAAAAAGGCAUUAACUGUUAAUGUCUUGAAUUGACCUCGAC